AUGAGUUUAUCUAGGAAUGGAUCUAAGUUUUCAAGACAUGAUCGCAUUGCAAAUUCUUAGAUAAUAGAUUUAAAGAAGAAUAAAAUGUAUCCAUCUUCAAGCAAGAACUCUGAUUAACCAGGUGGAUUUUUUCUUAGUUUAGCUAAUAUGAAAGCACCAGAUUAUGGAUAAGCACAAUUAUUAAAUAAUGAUACAUUGAAAAACAAAAUAAAAGAGAAAAGAAAUUAAAAAUCAAUGGAUAAUGAUUCUAUGUUGAAUAAAUUUGUUACUAAAGUUGAAACUAAAUUGAUUUCAUCACCAUUAAAAAAAAAAGUAAUUGCCAUUGAUCCAAAAACUGAUAUGCCUACUUAAAUCAAACCAUAUUCACUCACUCCUUAAUCUCGAUUAUAAUCAUUUCGUAUAGCAAGUCCUUCAUAAAAACCUAGAUCAUAAAGUUAAAAUAAAAGAAAUGAAAUCUAUUAUCUAAGUAAACUAUAAAGGGCUUUUGAUGCUAAUGGUUCUGAUUAUUUCUCUCGCAUGUAUCGUGAACAUUUUCAUUAAACUUAUUAAGGAUUAAAUUGUAGAUUUUAACCUCAAAAUAAUAAUGACUAUAAUAGGUCUCAUAAAUUACCAAAAAAACAUUAAAGUAUAUUACAUCAUAACAAAAUAAGGAUAACUCACUUUGUUUUUUGAUUUAGAUGAAACAUUGGUUCAUUGUAAUGAAACACCCUCUAUUCCUUGUGAUGUAAUUUUAGAAAUCAAUGUCUCUAAACAUCAAAUAGUAAAAGCAGGAAUUAAUGUAAGACCAUAUGCAAAAGAAAUGUUAAAAAAUCUAUCAAACUAUUUUGAAAUAAUAGUCUUUACUGCCUCACAUAGUUGUUAUGCAGAAAAGGUAAUAAGAAUAUUUGAUUAGGUUUGCAAUCAUUUAGACCCUGAUUCUACCAUUAUAAGUCAUCGAUUAUUUAGAGAAAGUUGUACUUAAACUAAUACUUCCUUAUAUACUAAAGAUUUAAGAAUAUUUUGUGAUAAUACAAAUAGAUAAUUAAGUUAAGUUGCUUUGAUUGACAAUGCCUCAUAUUCUUAUGCAUGGUAAAUAGACAAUGGAAUACCAAUACUUCCAUUCUAUGAUAAUAAAGAGGAUAGAGAAUUAAUAGAAUUGGAGAAAUAUUUGAAAAACAUGAUAGGAACAUCUGAUAUAAGAGAAUAUAAUAGAAAUAAUUUAAAAUUACAUUUGUUUGUAGAUUAACGUGGACCUUAUAAAGUAUUAGAAAAUCUAUUUGGUAAACCACAAUAACUUUUAUGA